CCAGCGGCAUUCGGUCGAGACGGCUCCGAACGGGCAUCGGGAACGGACCAAAGGGGCAUCUUUGUUGCAUAUUUCAUCAGCCCACUAAGUGGCCGGGUGCGUGGCCCGUGUAUGUGUGUGUGUGUCUGUGCAUUGGCGUCGUCUUGGUCCAGCAACGAAAGCCAAGGAUCCAGAGUACCUUGGUCGUUGUUCGCUCGCGGUUCGUGGCCCGCUAUUUACGGUCGUGAAUUAUAUCAUCCUACACAGUGUGCCCUGCCUUCCCACAGUCACGGGGUAUGUGUGUGUGUGUGUGCGUGUGUGUGUGAAGACGGGUAAUAAUAUUUGCAUGGUAAAACGGUGCCCAUUUGUCGUCUCGGAACCCACAAUCCACAACAUCGUUUGGUGGACGGUUGUUGCUUGUGAAUACCAUUUUGCGCGGUGCCUUUUGCAAGAGUGAACUUGCGACGUGAACGAUGAAGGUUGUGCAUUUGUUGGGCAUUUUUGCGAUGGUAAGCGUCGGUAAGGCGUCACUGCUUAUACCCGACCGCUUCAACACGACCGGUGACGAGAUGGAUCGAACGAACGAACCAGUACCCCAGUCAGCCGGUGGCCCAGUGUGGAAGGACACGGAACACGGGAAGGUCCUGUCGAGAAGGAAACGGUUCAUCGUAUUUCCGGAAGGUUCCAGCUUUUCGGUGGCCGUCUGCAUGACGAUCGGUUUGUACGGCAACCCGAACUAUCAGUUUGUAAGUUGGGCCCUUAACUGGGGCAUCGCGUACAAUUUGCCGAACCAGACGCUCAGCUUCCAGAAGGAGAUGACCGAACCGAAGCCGAUGGUGCAGCGGCGCUUCCGGCGCGAUCUCUACCAGAAGCUCGAGGUGAUCAUGGACAGCAUGGGGUACGAUGGGCGCGACUGCAUACUGCGGGCGCUGUGCGAAAGCUCGCAGUACUUCGGUGGCAAGGGCCAGAACAUGAUAGCGGAGAUGUUGCGCACCCUGUUCAGCUACCCGAAGCAGAAGGUGCUCUCGUUCGAGCACGCCGACCACCGGCUGUACGAUGAGGCACACCGCAAGGGGCGCAAUAUGGCACCGUGCCAAUCGCUGUACGGUAGCUGCCAGUUUUCGUUGCUCGAGCUGGCGCUGGGGAAGUAUUCUACCCCGUACGGGUUCAUGUGAUCUGCGUGACAGGAGCGCGUGUGUGCGUAUGUGUGUGUAUAAAGCCAGAAUGCCGGGAAAGCUCAGCUCAAAUAAAA